CGAAGCUGGGCUCACGAGAAGGCUGGGUGUGGGGUGUGGGGCUGGCCUGGGGCAGGGGUUGGAGAGUCAAGGGACGGACAUGGACUUUCUGGGCUGGGCUCUGUGACUGCACGGCAGACUCUGGCCUUGGACUUGGUGCUGCCAUUUCCCUCCCACGGUCUUGCCACCCUGCCACUGCCACCAUGCUGCCCCCUGGGACUGCAAUCCUCUUGACUCUGCUCCUGGCAGCCGGCUCGCUGGGCCAGAGGCCUCGGAGGCCUCCCCAGCCCCGAUCCCCCAUCAGCAGCAUCCAGCCCAAGGCCAAUUUUGAUGCUCAGCAGUUUGCAGGUACUUGGCUCCUUGUGGCUGUGGGCUCUGCCUGCCGAUUCCUGCGGGAGCAGAACCACCGGGCUGAGGCCACCACACUGCAUGUGGCUCCCCAGGGCACAGCCAUGGCUGUCAGCACCUUCCGAAAGCUGGAUGGGAUCUGCUGGCAGGUGCGCCAGCUCUACAGAGACACGAAGGUCCCUGGCCGCUUCCUGCUUCAAGCCCGAGGCGCCCGAGGGGCUGUGCACGUGGUUGUCGCUGAGACCGACUACCAGAGUUUCGCUGUUCUCUACCUGGAGCGGGCAGGGCAGCUGUCGGUGAAGCUCUACGCCCGCUCCCUCCCUGUGAGCGACUCUGUUCUGAGUGGGUUUGAGCAGCGGGUCCGGGAGGCCCACCUGACUGAGGACCAGAUCUUCUUUUUCCCCAACUACGGCUUCUGCGAGGAUGCAGACCAGUUCCACAUCCUGGACGAAGUGAGAAGGUGAGGCCGGUGUGCAGCUUCGGUGCUGAGAAGUCAGUGCCCCGAGAGACAACCCCGCUGCCCGUCCAGAGCCCCCAGCUUCAGAUCAGGACCCUGCCACCUGGGGCUGGGGGGGAUCUUCUGCUGGCUGCCCCAGAGCACAGUGUGGGGGAGAGGCACCUUCUUAUUAAAUGUCUCAGCCUCCUCCCUGA